AUGCAACGUGGAUUAAUUCGAGGGAUUGUGUGAGUAUGUGUGAUGUGGAUUAAUUAAUUAAUUUAUUAAAAUAUUAAUUUAAAAACAAAAUAUGCAAUAAAGGUUUUCAGGGUAUUUCGUAGAGCAUUUUCAAGUGAGCAUAUUGACGAGAAUUUGCUAGAUAGUAUUAAACAAAGGAUUGAAAGGAAUCGAAGGAUUCUAGCCAGACAUUCAGCGUCGCAUUUAAAGUGAGUUACUUGAAAAACAUUUUUUUUUCAAAAAAAAAAUCGCAGAGCUCGAGAGAUCAGUACAUCACUUUCAAAUCUACGACAAUCAAUGGCAUCUGUUGAGAAAAAGAAAAAGGCGGCUUUUGAACCGCCAGCUAAUUCAAUUGUCAAUAUUCCAUCACAAGUUAGUAUUGAAGUACUUGGAAAUGGUACUGGAUUACUUCGACAAUGUUUUGUUCUUCGAACUCCGCUCAAAACUUAUAUGUUUAAUUGUCCGGAGAAUGCUUGUAGAUUUCUUUGGCAAUUGAGGUUGAGAAGUUCGUCGAUUGUUGAUGUUUUUUUGACUUCAGGUAAAUUAGAGGGUUUUUGGAGCGGGAGGGAUUUGUAGCCCUGAAAUUUCGACAAAUUUUGAAUCGGACCAGGGUGACAUUUUUCAAUAGGAAUCGGACCACGAAAAAGGAAUCGGAGCUGGUCCGAUUUUUUGAGAAAAAUUCUGAAUCGGACCACUUUUUCAAAAAAAGUCAAUUUUUUGGUGCAAAAAUCAGGAAAUUUUGAAAAAGUGGUCCGAUUUUUCGGAUCCGAUUCAGAAUUUUUCUCAAAAAAUCGGACCUGGUCCGAUUCAGAAAACCCUCAAAAUCGGGUCCGAUUCCUAUGGUCCGAUUCAAAAUCUGCCUGAAAUUUCAAAUAUUCAAAUUAUCGAAAAGUAUUUGAAAAAUCCCUUUGAAAGCUUACCAUUUCGAAAUUCGAUAAAUAUUGAAAAUAAAUUUGAUGAAGUCAUAGUUCACGUGAGAAAAUCUCGUUUUUUUCUAAAUUUAAAAAAUUGAACAUAACUUCGGGCUUUUGAAAAAUUUUCCCAUUUUUAAUCCAAAUCGAAUUUCGAAACUUCGGGUUUCUGAAAAAUUUUCUAUUUUCGACUUCAGGGAAAUUAGAGAGUUUUUGGGUGGAUUAGGGGGCCCAUUUCGAAAUUUUAUAAAUUUUAUGAGCCAAUUUUGGCAAUUUUUGAACUUUUGAGAGCCCAGAACUUGACUCAGAGGUCCAUUGGGAGACUAAAAUUUUUAGGGUGUUCUUAUGGUUCCAAAAGCUGUCCAUGGACCAAAUUUCAUCAUGAUUUGAAGUUUUGAGUAAAAAAGGUUCCCUUGUUAGAAAAUAAUAGGGUUGAGACUUUCGGAGUUUCAAAAUCCAUUGUGAAAUAUAAUUUUUUUCAAAUUCCCUUUUCUUCAUAUCAAAAACAGCCCGAAUUUUCCAGCAACUUGGGACAACAUUGCUGGAAUUUCCUCAAUCCUCCUCUCAAAAGAAUCAAACGCAAUGACAACUCGAUUACACGGUGCAAUGAACAUCAAACAUUUUCUCGAAUGCAUUCGCCCAUUUCAAGAUUCGGAUUAUGGAAAUUGUAAAUAUCCAUCACAAGUCGAAGAAAUCCCAUAUACCGUAGGAAAUUAUGAAGAUGCUGGACUUCGUGUAACUUAUAUUCCAAUGAGUCCACCGCUAGAAAUUGGGAGGAAAAGGACAGUUUCAAAUGGAGAUGUGAAACGGGUUAGUAAUCUAGAUAGCUGCAUUUUUAAUAUUGAAAAUGUGUUAUUUCAUAGGUUUCUGAUGUUGAUAUUGCAUAUUUGAUUGAAUUAAAAGCGGCUGCUCGAAAAAUCGAUCCAUUGAAAUUAAUGCAGAUGAAAGUGCCAAAAGGUCCGCUUAUCGGAAAAUUGAAAAAUGGAGAAACGAUUACUUUAGCUGAUGGAAGAGUUAUUGAGCCAGAUCAAGUAUUUUCGGAUGAAAAAGCUGCGGAAGAAAAACCAACUUUAUUAGUUGUUGAAUGCAGUUCGGAAGAGCAUGUUAGAUCUUUGAUUGAUUCAAGUGCAAUUCAGCCAUAUUUGAAAGGGGAGAAAGUUAUUGAUUAUGUGAGUUUAGAGGAUUUUCUAGGGAAGAUUUUAAAAAAAUUGAAUUUUUUUCAGAUUGUUCAUCUUAGUCAUCAAAAUGUAAUUGAUUCUCCAACUUAUUCAAAAUUCCUUGAAUCCAUCCGAAAAUCUUCUUCCACAGAACAUCUUCUUUUGAAUGAUAGAAAUCAAGUGAUUCCAGCAGUUGAAAGUGUUUAUAAACAUACAAAAACUCUUCGAAAAAUAGCCCCAUCAAUUUUUCCGGAAUUGGAUCCAUUUGAUUGGAGUGGAAUUAUCACGCAAAAUAAUGAGUUGGAAGUUGGAGAUGGAAUUUUCCGAAGAGUUGCGCCACUUCAACGAUUUUGGAUGAGAAAGGGGAAUAAUGCAAAUGAAGAGCCGAUAAUUAAUGAUUUACGGAAUAAUGAUAAUGAAUUCAGUGAGAAAGCGAAAGAAUUAAUUGCACAAUUUCGAAUUGAAGAAGAAGCCAGUUGUUCGGAUUGUGAAUAUCCCAAAGUCUCAUUUUUCGGAACUUCUUCAGCGGUUCCUUCAAAGUAUCGAAAUGUGACUGGAUAUUUAGUGGAAACAUCGGAAAAUAGUGGAUUAUUGGUUGAUGUUGGAGAGGGAACUUAUGGACAAAUGAGAGCUAUUUUGGGGGAUUUGGGGUGUAAGAAGAUGUUGACGAAUUUGAAAUGUGUUUUGAUUACGCAUGCACAUCAGGAUCAUAUGAAUGGAUUGUAUACGAUUGUUGAUAGAAGGAAAGAGGCUUUUGAAGCGUUAGGUGGGUUUUUGGGAUUUUUUUGUUGAGAGAAAAAUUGAGCAUCUCUGCUUUUUAGUGUUUGAUUUUUUGAAAAAAAAUUUUGUUUUGCCGAAGAAUUUUAGAGUUACAGAAAUUAGGUAUUUGUGAGGCCCAAAAAAUUUAUUUGAAAUUCUCAGAUUUUUCCACAAAAAUAAAACAAAAGUUCCUAGAAGUCUGAAUUUUGCUAUAUAAAAUAUGUAGAAUCUGAUCUGAAAACAUGUCAAAAAUAUUUCUAAAAUAUUUCCAGCCCUCAAAUUUACGAAGUAAAGAAGGCUUUUAAAGCUUUACAAGGGAACCUUUUUUACUCAACACUUCAAAUCAUGAUGAAAUUUGGUCCAUGGGCAGCUUUUGGGACCAUAAGAACACCCUAAAAAUUUUAGUCUCCCAAUGGACCUCUGAGCCAAGUUUUGGGCUCUCAAAAACUCAAAAAAGGCCUAAAAAUGGUCAUAAAAGUCAUCAUAGCUCCAGUUCAAAAUUUUUUUUGGGAGAAAUAAAGUUUCAGAUAUUGAUCAGCAUGGUCGAUUACCUAAAAGUAAAUCAAUAAAAAAUAUUUUUUCGAAAAAUUUUGAAGUUUUUUAUUUUUGGGCUGACAAUUCAUGAAAAUUCAUAUGCCCCUGCUCAUUCAUUUUUCCAAAAUCAAAAAUUUUUCUAAAAAUUUGAUUUAUUUAUGUUUUUUGGGUAAAUCGACCACGCUAAUCAUCAUCUGCUACUCAGUUUUUCAUAAAAUUGAUCGAGAAUUGAGUUAUGACGUGUUUUAUGAGCCAAUUUUGGCAAUUUUUGAACUUUUGAGAGCCCAGAACUUGGCUCAGAGGUCCAUUGGGAGACUUAAAUUUCUAGGGUGUUCUUCUGACCCCAAAAGCUGUCUCUGGACAAAAUUUCAUCAUGAUUUGAAGUGUUGAGUAAAAAAGGUUUCCUUGUUAGGUGAUUUUUUGAGCUUUUUUUUGUUGAGAAAAAUUAAGUAUUUCAAAAUUUGAUUUUUCGAAAAAAAAUUGUUUCGCCGAAGAAUUUCAAAGUUACAGAAAUGAGGUAUUUUGAGAUCUACAUCUUUAUUGAAAAAUUUAACAGUUUUCCAAUUUUUCUAGCAAAAAUUCUGAAAAUUCAAAGUUUUUUCUUAAAUGUGAAAUAAAUUGUUAUUUCGCCGAAGAAUUGAGAUCUAAAAAUUUUGAAUUUCACGGAUUUUUUCGCAAAAGUAAAACAGAAAGUUCCUAGAAGUCUGAAUUUUGCUAUAUAAAAUAUGUAGAAUCUGAUCUGAAAACAUGUCAAAAAUAUUUCCGGCCCCCCAAUUUACCAAGUACAGGAGGCUUUUGAAGCUUUAGGUGAUUUUUUGAGCUUUUUUUAUUGAGAAAAAUUAAGUAUUUCAAAAUUUGAUUUUUCGAAAAAAUUUCAUUUCGUGAAGAAUUUCAGAGUUACAGAAAUGAUGUAUUUUGAGAUCUAAAUCUUCAUUGGAAAAUUUAACAGUUUUCCAAUUUUUCUAGCAAAAAUUCUGAAAAUUCAAAGUUUUUUCUUAAAUGUGAAAUAAAAUGUUUUUUCGCCGAAGAAUUGAGAUCUAAAAAUUUUUGAAUUUUUGAAUUUUACGCAUUUUUCACAACCAAAAAAAGCUCCUAGAAUGUUCCUAGAAGAAAAAUAUGCUCUGAAAAUGUAUCAUAAAUUAAAAAAAAAUUCAAAAAUAUUUAUAUAGCCCCAAAUUUACCCAAUUUUUCCAGAUCUCCCAUAUCAACCCCUCGUUCUUGUUUGCAAUCGAAAUGUCCUCAAACCCCUCAAAACCUACUCACUAUGUUUUGAAAAUAUCGAAUCACUCAUGGAAAUCGUUGACAUCUCUCGACAUCCGAUAACUCCACCCUCAAGUCCUUCUUCUUCUUCUCAACCAGGAGCAAAACGACCGCGUCUUCCAAGUCCACAUCUUCCGCCAACUCGAGAUAUCAUCCCGGAUCUUCCGACGUCUUAUAAUAAAGAUCAGUGGAAGUUGGAGGAAUUGAACGCGGUUCAAGUUCAUCAUACAAGAAUGGCAAAUGGUUAUGUGAUGAAAGUUGCGGGGAAGAAAUUGGUGUUUUCUGGAGACACAAAACCUUGUGAUUUGUUGGUUGAAGAGGGAAAAGAUGCGGAUCUUUUGAUUCAUGAAGCAACUUUUGAAGAUGGACAUGAGGUAAGAGAUAUAAGAGAUAUUGCUCAUGUUAGAGAGCUGAAAAUUUUCAGGCUGACGCACUUCGAAAAAGACAUUCCACAAUGGGUCAAGCUGUUGAUGUUGGUCAAAGAAUGAAUGCGAAAAAUGUUGUUCUCACACAUUUUAGUGCCAGAUAUCCGAAAGUUUGUUCUUUUUUUUAAUUUUUGGGGAAAAAACUGUAAUUUUCAGGUUCCAAUGCUGCCAGAAUAUUUGGAUGAAUUGAAAAUCGGAAUUGCUAUGGAUAUGUUGCGAGUUCGAUUUGAUAAACUUCAUCUUCUCCCGAAAUUAUUGCCGAUUUAUAGGUAAAAUUGGGUUGAAAACACACCUCGGCCAAAAUCGUGGUUUCCACAAUAAAAAAUUGUACGCUAACUUUUUACAGUACAAAAAUUGUGAAUUUUUCAGUUUUUGUCCUCUAAAAAUUGUGAUUUUUCAAUUUUUGACCUCUAAAAACUGAAAUUCAGAUUUUUCAAAAAAUUGUACUGUGGCCAGCCACGGCUUGGCCGAGGUUUGGUUGAAAAUUGAAUGUUUUUAAAUUAUUUUUCUUAAAAACUUUCUAUGAACUUCCGGAAAAAAUCAAAUUUUCAAGCGGAAAAAAUGUUUAUUGAGCCAGAAUUUUUGACAUAGAUUUCUAGAAAUUCCGCUGAAAAUUUUGAAAAUGAGCCCAGAUUUUUUGAAUCGUACGAAACUUGAAUCAUUUUUUGAGACCACCAAAUCCCUCUCCAAUUUCUAUCAAGAAAAUAAUCCGAUCCCCAUAAAUCUCAUCUCAUUUUUCAGAGAAAUCUACGUUGAAGAACUCUUCGAACUCACAAUCAAAAAAGAGCAACGAGUUUUGCGAGAAAAAGAAGGAAUUGAGCAACCGAAUCAGAAACGAGGUCAAAAACGUGCACAAGAAUCAUAG